AUGGCUACGACAACUCUUCAGCUAUACUGGGAUCUUGCUUCCUUUGAUCCCAAAGUGCGAUUGGCAGCGGCUCAAUCGUUGAUCCAAUCCUUGACCGAGUUUCAAAAGGCUCACGAAGAAUCCCUCGAGAACACCAACGAAGUCGCCUCCACCGAAGAAUCGCUCGACAAGCUCUGCGCUUCCGAUGUCUCUUACGCCGUACGACGUUUGCUCCGAGGUCUUCCUUCUUCUCGUCAGGGUGCACGUCAGGGAUUCUCUUUGGCAUUGACAGAGCUUUUGACUGUCGUUGAUUGCAUUUCCACCAAAUUGGUUCUCGAUCUGUUGUUACAGUAUACCGAUCGUGUUGGAUCCAUGUCUGGAGAAGAAUUCCGUGACAUGUUGUUCGGCCGUCUUUUCGGUCUCAUGUCAGUUGUCGCUGCUGGUAUGAUUGCUCGCCCGACCACCACUUCGGAAGACACCGUUCGCAUUCUCGAGAAUUUAGCCGAAAUGGCGGAGGUCAAGUCUUACCUGCAAGAAGUGUGCUAUCACGUCGUUAUCAACAUGUUGCCUUCCGUUAAAUCCGCUUCUUAUAAGGCCGAGGUUGCAGACAAAAUCCGCGAAUUAUUCCUCAAAGGACCCAUUGUAACCGUCGAUCAGUUGAAUCUCGUGUUGGCUCUUCAACAGCACAUGCCCGAAAUCGAUUUAACCGAACAAUUUGCAGGAUGGAAGAACCAAAACGUCCUUCAUCCCGCUAACCUUCCUCGUUUAUCAAUCAUUCUCAAGGAAAUCCCGAUGGACGAUCAAGAAACGGCUGCACACACGGAAUGGAAACCUCAACUUCACUCUGUCUGGGACCGUUUGUUAGCCUUUUACCUUGAAAAGCCUACCCAGAUUGCUUCCUUUGACGAAUUUUGGAACGCCGCUGUUGAUCAUGCUAUGUUUGAACAUAACGCCACCCAUGGUCGCAAAUUCUGGGGUUUCCAGUUGGUGGAAAAAGUGUUGCCUCGCUUAUCUUCGGACCAAAUGCCGCUCAUCUUUACCGAGAACUUCAUGCGCAGUUUCAUCAAUAACUUGUCUUCUGAUGUGCGCUAUUUGAACAAGGCGGCUAAGCAUACUGCUACUGUGAUUCAAAAGGUGGCCGAGUCCAACAAACAAGUUGGUUUUGCUUUGUUGACCCAGUUGACAGGCAAGCAUGGCAAUCACAACUUUGAUCAAAUCACGAAAACAAAACUGGUUGAGAACAUCAUGGCGACUCUCAACACUGAAGGCAUCACAAACUACUUGGAAUAUGUUGCAGAGACCUUUGUUCAGCAGAAUAAGGAAACGACGUCCCAUGACGAUUCGAAGCGUCUCGAUUCCCGUCGUGAAUGGGCUUUAUCUCAACUGGCAUUGAUGGUGACGAACCCAAAGGUACCCAAAGAAGAGGACUGGAUCUUGUCUGUUGUUCGCUUUUUGGCUGUUUAUGCCUUUUUCGACGUUAAAUCCACCAAGGAUACUUCUUCCUUCUUAAAGGCUGCUCGCGCACCUUCGCCUGCUCUGUCGGAAACCACCCGCAAGCAUUGUCGUGACCGUUUCCAGACGGUUGUGGUCGCUUUAUCCAAGCUGCAACCCAUGAAUACUGCUAAGGAAUCCGGUGCGGUCGUCAAGUCCCGUCGUUUGCAUGGCGUCACCAAAGAUGGAGAAUUAUGGAUCUAUCGCGUGUAUGAUAUGAUUCAGUUGCUUAAAAAGGACAAGGAGCAUUAUAAGCGUCUUGUCAAGCCGACUGAGGAAUUUAUUGAAGCGAGCAAAAAGUCAGUCAAGGCCGUUUCUGCUCAAAGCAAGGAAGCUGCUUUUGAUUGCGUCGAACGUGGUUUCGAAAUCUUGUUCCUCAAUGUCCUUCUUCAUGGUUUGAUCGAUGAAAGCGAGUCGGAAUCUCUGUUGGAAGAACUUCUCGAUUGUUAUGAGAAGAUGUAUCCCAAGAAGAAGGCUUCUGAUAAGAAGAAGAGCAAGAAAACAACUGAAGAACAAGAUGAACCUCAGCCUAUCGAAGUCAUUGUGGAUAUGUUGGUCAGUUUCUUGACCAAUGCUUCUCCUGUAUUGAAGAACUCAGCCGAACAAGUCUUUGAGAACUUCUCCUCCCAAAUGACGGAACAGUCCCUUCAAGUGUUGCUCAACGUAAAAUUAUUUGGCGAAGAUGAAGAGGAUGAAGAAGACGAGGAUGAUGAGGAAGAUGACGACGUUGAAAUGUUGGAUAUGGAUGACGUUGAAAUCGAAGAAGAAGAUGACGAUGAGGAGGAAGUGGAUGAAGAGUUCCGUCGUAAGAUCGAAGAGGCCAUGAAACAACAAGGCGUCCUCGCGGGUGAUGAUGACGAAGAUGAAGAGCUCGAUGAUGAAGCCAUGGAAGCUUUCGACGAAAAGUUGGCCGAAGUCUUCAGACAAAAGAAGUUGGAGAAGAGCGAGAAGAAGAACAUGCAAUACAGUAUGGUGCACUUCAAGAACAAUGUCAUGGAUUUGAUUUCCAUCUUUAUCCGCAAGAAUCCAACCAGUCCUUUGGUGGUAUCUUUGAUUGUCCCCUUAUUGAACGUGAUUCGAUCAACUUCCACCAAGUCCGUCAGCAGUCAGUUGGUGGAGAAGGUGGUUGCAUUCUUGAAAAACCGAUUAUCCAAAGCCAAUGAAUAUCCCAAGGAUGCAGGUGAUUCUGCCUUGGAAACAUUGAAAGCCGUGCUUGACUUCGCCAAACAUUCUUCCACAAAGCAACAGACCGAGAUGUGUGCAUCCCUUUCGUUGUAUUUACGAAAAUGUAUCAUUGGCGGAACCGAUGUGGAAAUCGAUGAUAAAAUGUCGGCGGCCACCAAAGAACGACUCAACAAGAUGAUGGCGAUUUACAACGAUUCAUUAAAGACCUACAUGAUGAAAAAAACCACGCAUUUCUCUCCUUCCAUCAUUGCCUCUCUGGUGCAACGAUUCCCUCUCAGCUCAUGGCCUUUGUUGGAUACAUUGGUCGUCUACAUCAAUAUCAACGAACCUGUGAACCAAUAUCGUCAUACCACAGCUUGCCAAUGGGCCGGUAACAUGAUCCAACGCGUAAGCAACAAGAAAUCGGAUGUUUAUGAUAAGCGAUUGUUGGAUGUGAUGCCUGAAAUCGCCAAACAAAUCAAAGCCACUUUGACAACUUCGUUGGAAGACGGUCAGAGCAAAUCAUUAAAUUACGAUAGCAUGCGUCAUUUCCUGAAAUUCGUUGGUCUCGUUAUGAGAACACAUCGCAAGGUCGUUCAAGACGAUGUAUCAAAGGUAAAAUAG